AAUGAGCUAUUUUCUGUGACUCCUUGCAGGUAUUGAUCAAUACGACAGAGACAGCAUAAUUAAUGAUUUUAAGAACGGUGUAUGCAAACUUCUUGUGGCCACAUCUGUAGCAGCACGAGGCUUGGAUGUAAAGCAACUAAUGCUGGUAGUCAAUUAUAGCUGUCCCAACCAUUAUGAAGACUAUGUGCACAGAGCAGGCCGAACUGGACGAGCUGGCAACAAAGGAUUUGCAUUCACUUUCAUUACUGAAGAUCAAGCACGGUAUGCUGGUGAUAUAAUUAAGGCUUUGGAAUUGUCAGGGAAACCAAUUCCUGCUGAGCUAGAGAAGCUCUGGAGUGACUUCAAAGAUCAACAGAAGGCUGAGGGGAAAACUAUUAAAAAGAGCAGCGGAUUCUCUGGCAAAGGAUUCAAGUUUGAUGAAACGGAACACGCUUUGGCUAAUGAGCGAAAGAAACUACAAAAAGCUGCUCUUGGCUUGCAGGAUUCGGAUGAUGAGGAUACAGCUCUUGAUAUUGAUGAACAAAUUGAGAGCAUGUUCAAUUCAAAAAAGAGAGUGAAAGACAUGGCAGCACCGGGAACAUCUAAUGUUCCUACACCAACAGCUGGUAAUGCAGAAAAACUGGAAAUUGCCAAAAGGCUAGCUUUAAGAAUUAAUGCUCAGAAGAAUCUUGGAGCAGAGGCACAAGUAUUGGUCCCUUUUCACUUUAAGGAUGUGAUGCAGCAGGCUACAAAUGCUAUCUUGAGAGGAGGCACAAUUCAGGCUCCUACUGUAUCUGCCAAAACUAUUGCAGAGCAAUUGGCUGAAAAGAUAAAUGCCAAGCUUAAUUAUGUGCCCAUAGAAAAACAAGAGGAAGAAAAACAGGAGGGAGGACAAAGUGAAUCGUUUAAGAGAUAUGAGGAGGAAUUAGAGAUCAAUGACUUCCCACAGACUGCUAGGUGGAAGGUUACCUCCAAGGAAGCACUUCAGAGAAUCAGUGAAUAUUCUGAAGCUGCCAUUACAAUCAGAGGAACGUAUUUCCCUCCGGGCAAGGAGCCCAAGGAAGGAGAACGAAAAAUUUACUUGGCUAUAGAGAGUGCCAAUGAACUGGCUGUGCAGAAAGCAAAGGCAGAAAUCACCAGGCUUAUAAAAGAAGAACUUAUCAGACUGCAAAAUUCAUACCAGCCAACCAACAAAGGAAGAUACAAAGUUCUGUAAAUAUUUGGAGUAACCCAUCUGCCAGUGGCUGGUGUCUGACACUUCGUGGCUUCUGUUGUCUUUGGUGUUCACACUGCUUAUUGUAAAUUAAGAUAUUUUUAUUUUUUCCUUGCUGACAUUUUUAACACAAAAUUGAUAUUUGCUGAGACAUCUCAUUCUCUUCACUAAGGUUAGCAGUCUUAAAGCAGACCAGCUUUGUCAGGGCAUAAUUUAAUUGAAAAGUAUAGUUUAUAUAGUUUUUCACUGUAAAACUACUGAAUAAAACAGAUUUUAAUUUUCCUGACAUUCUGAUAUAAUGUAAAUUAAACGAUUUUGCCUUGGCAUUGGAAUUUGUUACGGUCUGCAGUACUUACAGCUUCACAUUUAUUGGGUAGUUCACACCUUUACAGUUCAUUGUGGAGUAGUAAAACGGCCAAUAGAAGAGCAGAAUUUUCCUCCCUAAUCUUCAGCAUCUCUGUGACCUAUUCCAUAUGCAUUCCCUCUGCAAAACCCUCACUGAUCUCAGUGGGAGCCCUGUACUGAUCAGAGUUUAGAAUUUUGUCUUAGAACAAUUAGGGUUUAGUUUUUACAGAUGUUCUCCCCCCUGCCCCCCAUCCUUCUUUGCUUCCUACUUUGCCUUUAUCAUUUGGGGAAUAGAAUAGUUAAAUCUUUGGGUUUUUUGUAAAAUGAGACAUUUUGUAGUACAAAAGUGGCUUUCAGAUUUUCUCUAAACGUUAGCAUUUUAGGAUUUGAUUUUGUUCCCAUUCUUCAACUUUUAGUAAAUAAAAUAAGAUAAAGCUCAACGAAAGAGAGAAACCACUUUUGUAAUCAAGUAUAAAGUUUGACACAUUUUUAUAGUGUUAUAUAUAGACAUGUAAUGUGAUUCUUUCAGGACUACUGUCCUUAUACUAUUAGAGAAUGGCUUUAGACAAAAAAUUAACUUUGUAGGUCGGCUCCACAAGCAUUGACCCUUAUUGCAGUGGUGGAAUGUGAUCACUUCCUGGGAGUCCACUUUUUUUGACCCACUUUUCCCUCAUCCUCAGAAGCCAUUAACAUUUCACAUUGUUACUGUCAAGAUUUUAAUUUUUUUAGCCUCUUAUCUGUGACCAGAGUUACGGAUUGUUGAGUCAUUCUAGCAGCUGAAAAAGCUUUCAAGAAAAUGAAAACUUACAAGGCUUUUUGUCAAAAGCUUUCCUGACCUGACAUUGUGGACGAAAAAAUAUAAUUUUAAACAUCAAAUGUGUGUAUGUACUGCUUUAACCCUAGUGAAGAACAAAUCAAAUCCUUGCAUCAUGGUUAUAAAUUCAUUUUUUCCAAAAAUCAAAUAUUUCGAAGUCCACUCCAGUUUUGAGGUACAAAUAAAUUUGUAGAUUUAAAAGAAGAGACCACCAGCCAUAUCCACUAAACACUAUACAUUUACUCUGCCAGGAACAACCUUAAUAUGAUACCUAAGAAAGUUUAAAAUAAAAAAAAAAAAAAAAAAACCUGAAUGGAGCCAGAAG